CAUCACAUGUGUCAUUAAUACCCAUCCAAACCAUAUUUAAUGUGACCUCCCAAAAACGUACUCCAUGUCUAUGCAACAAAUACAAGUAGUUAGCAACAUUAUUAUUAUUAUUCAGACAAUAUUGAAAACUGUGUUUAAAGAGUGUUAUUCACUUCACAGGAAUUGAAACAAGGGACACAAAUGAAGAAUUGGAACCAAUUUGGUGUCAUUGAUACCAUCUACGAGGAAGAACGUGAAUUCUCUUCCACCUCUUCCUCUUCUCUUUCUCCUUCCUUUUCAUCUUCUCCUCAAUCUCUUCAUUCCACUGUAAAUGCUUGGUCUGUUGACUCUGGAUGUGAACCAGAUGUGUUGAUACAUGUUCAAGGAACUUGUUUUCGUCUCCACAAGGAACGUAUGAUAUCAAAAAGCACAUAUCUAAAACGACAUUUAACAUCAGGAAUCUCAGACUUCACACUCUCUCCACCGUUAAACAUAACGGCAGAAACAUUUACAACCGUAACUGAAUUCUGUUACGGACGGAAAAUUCAGUUAAAACCUACAAAUGUGGCAGCCGUUAUAACGGCAGCGGAGUUAUUGGGAAUGAAAGAGGGAGAUAUUAAUCUGCGUGACGUGGCGGAAUCUGUUUUUGAGAGAAUUGUUUGCGUUGAAGCGGUAACGGUUUUACGUUCGUGUUUGAGUUUAUUUCCUGAGGUUGAAACGACGUCGUCGAUUGUGAGUAGAUGUAUUGAAACGGUGAUUUUGGAGAACGAGGAUAUGGAUGAGGAGAGUGUUUUGGAUGUGAUUGUGGAAAUGGAGCAUAGAGAUUUUGAAAGUGUUGUUUAUUCGUUGAAUGGAAGGUUGGAGAACCAUGAUGUUUUGUAUAAGUUGGUCGAUCUUUAUCUCAAGGAAAACAAGUAUGACAAACUAACAGAUGAACAGAAAACAGAAAUAUGUAAUUCAAUAGAUUGUACUAAGCUCUCACCUCUUAUCUUGGUAGAUUGUGUUCAAAACCCCAUAAUGCCACUAAGAUUCAUCGUUCGAGCAAUUCUUGCCGAACACCUCACCACUCGUCGCACAAUCACUGAAGCCGCCACCACUACAGCGGCCGGUAGUUUUCAACAACAAGUAGAAGUACAUCGAAUCUCACUUAGAGAAUUUCUCCAACUCGACACCACUCGUCGCCAAAAUGCACAGCUAAAAGAAGCUAUGAAUUCAACUUACUCUCGAAUUCAAACCCUUGAGAAAGAGCUUAGUUGCAUGAAGAAGAUUCUCCAGGAUCAUCAAGCUGAGGAAGAAAAGGAAAAAGAGAAAGAGAAAGCGAAAGAGAAGGAGCUAGAGAAUAGUGUUUUGAAUUCGGAACGUUCUGCGAGUUUUCAUGUUCUUCCCAUUGAUGAGAAUAGUAAAAUACGGAGAGGUGGAAGAGGCUCUGUUUCAUCUUCUGGUUUUGUUCUUGAUAACAUGAUCAAGAAAAAUAAUGAAAUGGUUAAGUACAAAUAUAAUGUUAAUUCUUCUGAAGGAUCAUGUCAUGAAGGGAAUGAUACUCAAAAAAGGGCUACAAGUUUUCGUCAUAGGUUCAUAACUGGGCUCAAGAAUACAUUCAAGAUUCCGAAUUCUUCGUCGAAUUUGAAGGAUCACCACCAAUGACUGUGACUGAUUCAGGGUAAUGUUGCUGUUCAUUUGAGAAUAUUCAAAGCAAAAUUUUACAAAUGUUCCCUUUUAAUUCAUGAUACUUGCUGUCAAAUAUUAGUCUAAUAUUUUUGAAAGAUUUUAUUUUUGUUCUGAUAGGUCAAAGGUUGUUAUUUUGUAUCAAUUGGUCACUUUUUUGUUUUUUAAUGUUGUUUUAAAUUAUUUAAACCUAAAAAUUUAUAUUAUAUGUUUUAAAUUUCUUACUUGUCCUAUGCUGGUACAUUUGAAUGAAUUAAUUCAAUAAUUUAGGAUAUAUCUACCCAAACAUCAAAGUGUGUCUAUAGUAGAUUUGAACAAUUUAUAGAUACAAGUUUUUAAAA